AUGGAUCCCUGGGGGGCUGCGGAGCCGGAGCAGACGGUGCUUUUUGAGGGGGACGAGGAGGAGGACACCUACGAACCCCCCGGGAUGCAGAGGACCCCGAGCAACCCUGAGACGGAUCCCCCGACGGCGGGCGACCCCGAGAUCGUAGAGCUGGAUACGGCCACCUUGUUGGGUCACCCCGAGGAAGGUUCACCGGGCGAACGCAGCCCGGCACGGGAGACCUUACGUUGGACCGUGGUCCAACAGAUCGACUCCCCCGGCGCGGCGGGAGGUCAACGGGGCGGUAAAACCGGAGCGGGAGCCGGCGCCUUCUCCAACUUCAAGAGCAUCAUCGUGUUGCAGAAGAGUUACGAGUGCGGGGAAUGCGGCAAGAGCUUCAGCUGCAGCUCCCACUUCAGCAAACACCGGCGGACCCACACCGGUGAGAAACCCUUCCUCUGCCUCCAUUGCGGUAAGAGCUUCAACGUCAGCUCCAACCUCUACCGCCAUCAACGGGCUCACGCCGCCGAACGCUCGGGUCCGCCCGCUCCAGCGACGCGCGCCGGUGGCUUGCCGUAUAAAUGCGAGGAGUGCGGCAAGAGUUUUCGCCGGAACAAGGAAUUGGUGACCCACCAACGCUUGCACACCGGUCGUUUGCCCUUCCAAUGCCGUCACUGCGGGAAAAGCUUCAGUUGGAGCUCCCAUUUCGACCGGCACCAACGGGUCCAUACCGGUGAAAAGCCCUACCAGUGUCCGGAAUGCGGGAAGUGUUUUAGUCGCAGCUCCCACCUCUACCGACACCAACGCACCCACGCCGGCGGUCGCUCUUACAUCUGCACCUAUUGCGGGCGUAGUUUCGGUAGCACCCUCCAUUUUGACCGCCAUCAACGCACCCACACUGGCCAACGACCCUACAAGUGUACCCUUUGCCGGAAAAGUUUUGGCGACGGGCCGGCGUUGGUCAAACAUCAACGCCUUCACCUGGGUGAUGGGCCUUUCCGUUGCGAAGAGUGCGGUAAAGCCUUCGGCGCCCGCGCCCAGUACGCCCAACAUCGCCGUAGCCUCCACGGCGGCGGUGAGAAACCUUACCGCUGCGACGAUUGCGGGAAGAGUUUUUCCUGGAGCUCUCAUUGGGAACGCCACCAACGGAUCCAUACCGGCGAACGACCUUACCAAUGCGGGGACUGCGGCAAACGUUUCGGCCGGAGCUCCGCUUUGGCCAAACACCGGAAGACCCACAGCGGCGAACGGCCUCACCGUUGCGGCGAUUGCGGGAAGAGCUUCAGCCGGGGGUCCAACCUCACCCAACACCGGCGCAUCCACACCGGCGAACGGCCCUUCGCUUGCGGCGAUUGCGGCAAAGGUUUCAUCCAACGCUCCGACCUGGAACGGCAUCAACGCGUCCACACCGGUGAACGACCGUAUACCUGCGCCGAAUGCGGGAAGAGCUUCAGCGUCAGUUCCCACCUCGACCGGCACCGGCGUAUCCACACCGGCGAAAAACCCUACGCCUGCGGGGAUUGCGGGAAGGGUUUCAUCCAGAAGUCGGACCUCACCAUCCAUCGCCGGAUGCACACCGGGGAAAAACCCUACCGUUGUGGCGAGUGCGGCAAAUGUUUCAGCGUCUCCUCCAACCUCAUCACCCACCAACGCCCCCACUUGGGCGAAAAACCCUACCAGUGCCCCGAA